UGUAAACCUUGUACAGAAAGAUAAUACAUGUAGGUAAGAGAGGGGAGGGAGAGGGGACAUUGGACUCUCCGAGAAGUGGUUUGGGGCUGUGUUACUUAUGGAGAGCUGUGCCAGCCUGCUGUAAAUGUGCUGUACAGAUGGGAGCCAGGAGGUCAAGGCAAAGUCAGGAAGAAGAAAGGAGUUUGCAUGGCACUGCAGCAUGGCAUUCCCAUCCCCCAGCCCCCCUCCUCUCAUAUUGUUGUGACUGCACCUGCUGCAUGUGACCAGCGGGCACUGGAGGCAGCCGCAGCCACAGCUACAGUGACGAGGCAACUGCAGCCCUGCCUGCUCGUGCCCAGCCCUCAUUGAGAAAAGAGGAGAGGAGCGAGUGGAGGGGGUGAAGCUCCCCGCCAAAUUACCUGCUCCAGAGGACCCAAGCAGCCUCUGGAAUGAGCACUGGACUCUUCUGACGUAUGGAUUCCCAGGGGAGUUUGAAGACUGAAGGGGAAAAGGAGAAGCCUGCAGAGCGCAUCAGAACACAAGGGGUGCUGUCAAAGGAACGGAGAAGUCCUUGGAGAGGAAUCCAUCAAGCACAAAAAUGCUUUCUGGAGAAAGGGCCAUUAUUUUUCUCCCCUUUAUGCUCAGAUGAAAGAAGCCAGCAAGGACAGUCCUGACGUGUUCCUCAGGGGCCUCUCUGUCGUGGUUGGGUUUCCCCCUUGUGCACUGGGCUAUCUGCUGACCUCUGCAAAGGAAUCCUAGUCCAGCUGAGAAGACAGUACUUCAUGAUGAUGAUAAUAGUAGUGAUGAAACCGGUGCCUGCUGUUUGAGUGGCAAGUGCAGCUUGCUUGCUGCAAUUUUCCUGUGACAUUCAGGAAUGUCUACAGAAACCUAAAGGAAAAGACCUUUAAAACUCGCCAGAUUAGGCAGAAGAAAGGGAAGUUGAUUUUAAAAAUGAGUAAAUGAAAUGUAAUAACUUACUCCUAAGCCUGAGCCUGGAUGAUCACAACCUUGGAGUUUUAAGAAUCGGCACUUCAAAUCUAACAAAUAAGCAAAGAUGUGAGGGAGGGGCUGUGGGGUUUUGCACAGAGGCAGAUUUUAAAGAAGCCUGAAGCUGUCUCAAGACCUGGGGCUUGUAUGAUGCCUGAAGACAGAAAUUCUGGGGCACGCCCCUCAGGUGCCUUAGCGUCAUCUCCUUUCAUCCCAAAAACUACAUACAGAAGAAUCAAACGGUGUUUUAGUUUUCGGAAAGGCAUUUUUGGACAGAAACUAGAAGACACUGUCCGCUACGAGAAGAGAUAUGGCAACCACUUGGCUCCGAUGUUGGUGGAACAAUGCGUGGACUUCAUCCGACAAAGGGGGCUGAAAGAGGAGGGUCUCUUCCGGCUGCCAGGGCAGGCCAAUCUGGUGAAGGAGCUUCAGGAUGCAUUUGACUGUGGAGAGAAGCCAUCAUUUGACAGCAACACGGACGUGCAUACAGUGGCAUCCCUCCUUAAAUUGUAUCUCCGGGAACUUCCAGAACCGGUGGUUCCUUAUGCGAAGUAUGAAGAUUUCUUGUCAUGUGCCAAACUGCUCAGCAAGGAAGAGGAGGCCGGUGUUAAGGAAUUAGCCAAGCAGGUGAAGAGUUUGCCAGUGGUCAAUUACAACCUCCUAAAGUACAUUUGCCGAUUCUUGGAUGAAGUACAGUCCUAUUCUGGAGUUAACAAAAUGAGUGUGCAGAACUUGGCAACUGUCUUUGGUCCUAAUAUCUUGCGUCCCAAGGUGGAAGAUCCUUUGACUAUUAUGGAGGGUACCGUGGUGGUGCAGCAGUUGAUGUCAAUGAUGAUUAGCAAACAUGACCGCCUUUUCCCAAAAGACGCAGAACUGCAGAGCAAGCCCCAAGAGAGUGUGAGCAACAACAACAAUGAAAUCCAGAAAAAAGGUGCCAUGGGUCAGUUACAGAACAAGGAAAACAAUAACACCAAGGAGAGCCCCGGCAGGCAGUGUUCUUGGGACAAGCCCGAGUCUCCCCAAAGAAGUAGCAUGGAAGAUGGGUCUCCCACGGCUGUAUCGGGCAGCAAAACCAGCAGCCCAAGGAACAGCGCACAUAAGCUGGAUGUCUCCAGGAGCCCGCCUCUCAUGGUGAAAAAGAACCCAGCUUUCAAUAAGGGGAGCGGAAUAGUCACCAACGGGUCCUUCAGCAGCAGUAAUGCCGAAGGUGGGGAGAAGACCCAAAGCACCCCCAAUGGGAGCUUACAGGCUAGAAGGACCUCUUCCCUGAAGGGGUCUGGUACCAAAAUGGGCACGCACAGUGUCCAGAAUGGAACUGUGCGCAUGGGCGUUCUGAACAGUGACAGCCUGGGGAACCCUGUGAAUGGCAGAAGCAUGAGCUGGCUGCCCAACGGCUAUGUGACCCUGAGGGACAACAAGCAGAAAGAACAAGGCGGAGAGUCUGGCCAGCACAACCGGCUCUCCACCUACGAUAACGUCCACCAGCAAUACGCCAUGAUGAACCUUGAAGACAAGCAGAGUGUGGACAGCGCCACCUGGUCCACCUCCUCCUGCGACAUCUCCCUCCCUGAGAACUCCAACUCCUGUCGCUCCUCCACCACCACCUGCCCAGAGCAAGACUUCUAUGGUGGGAAUUUUGAGGACCCUGUUUUGGAUGGGCCCCCGCAGGACGAUCUUUCCCACCUUGGGGACUGUGAAAACAAAAGUGACCGAAGAAGCAUGGGAGGUCGAAGUAGUCGGGCCACCAGCAGCAGCGACAACAGUGAAACGUUUGUUGGGAACAACACAGGCAACCACAGUGCCCUGCACAGUUUAGUUUCCAGCCUGAAACAGGAAAUGACCAAACAGAAGAUAGAAUAUGAAUCCAGGAUAAAGAGCUUAGAACAGCGAAAUUUAACUUUGGAAACAGAGAUGAUGAGCCUCCACGAUGAGCUGGAUCAGGAGAGGAAGAAGUUCACAAUGAUAGAGAUCAAAAUGCGCAAUGCCGAGCGAGCCAAAGAGGAUGCUGAGAAAAGAAAUGACAUGCUACAGAAAGAAAUGGAGCAGUUUUUUUCCACAUUCGGGGAGCUGACUGUGGAACCCAGGAGAACGGAGAGAGGAAACACGAUAUGGAUCCAAUGAGCCUGCUUUCCCCCACUGUCUUCGAUGGCUCUGGGAAGGACAUGGGAGGUCUGGUGGAAUCCUACGGGGGAUCAGGUGGCUGGUCACCUGAUUGUACAGAGCACUAAUGGGUGAAGGAGUUAUCAUUUCCAGGCAUUAACCAUCCAUAUUUGCAAUGUGUACCAAAGUUAUACCAUGCCUCAUAAUGCUACUGUCAAGUGUUACAACUGGAUAUGUGUAUAUAGAAUAGUUUUUAAAAGUGAACUAAAAAUGAGACGUGUAUCUCAAGAAUUAUUUUAUUGCAAGUCUUGUAUUUAAAAUGUUAAUAUGUUGUUGCAAUUUAGCUUGCUUUCAAGCUCCACCCCUUGCACUUAACAUAAGCUAUUUUUGGCAUUGUCUUAUCAUUGCUUAUUUUAUAGAUCACUAUUUUUAUUUCCCCUUUUUUUGCUGAAGAAAUGAAGAUAAGCAGAAAUAUAAAUAUAUAUAUAAAGAUAUAUGAGUUAUUAAAAUCAAAAGAAUUCUUGGUGGCUGUGCUGUUUGUGCCAAUAGAUCUUACCAUGACCAAAAAGAGAAAUGUAAAUAGUUUUAUAAACUACAGUUGAAUCACCAGGGACCUCAAAGUUGCUCCUUCAACUCUGCUCCUGGUUCCACUUGCUUUGCUUUGUGAGAUGAUUUUACACAGGCACUUGGAGGUGGUCUAAGAACAGUCUCUUUCCCAUGCCUCUGUCUGCCUCACCAGCUGUGAUGUGCAUCUCCUAAGCAGGAUGUUACAUACAGGCCACAGAGUGAUGGCAUAUGAACACUCCUUAUUAGUUGUCCUGUUCUGCUGGACCAACUCUAACUGCUGAAUGGUCCAUAGGUAAAUUCUUCCUGCCAUACAGACACUGGGAAGCAAUACUUGCUAACUAAACCACGCCAGUGUAAAGUAUUCUUCCCUUAACAAACCUCUCCCUUUGUCCCCAACAACUACUGAUGGGGAUUCGAGCAGUUACAUGGUAUGACCAAGUCCCUCUUGGUAAAAGUGGUGGAGCAAGUACAAUUUAAUAACAUUUUUCUCCCACUCAUGAGGGCCACUACCAUCUGGGAUUCUCUGCACUACAACUUGCAGUAAGGAGAUGAUGAUGAUGAUGGAGGGCAGGGGACCAAGAGGAAGAAGAAAAUUUGAAUAUUUUGUUUUUGGUUUUAACUGUCAUGUUUCUUGUUAAAACAUAUUCACUCAUGAUGAUUGUAAAACACGGAUGGUGAACAGUCCAAUUUUGAUGCUUUGCUGAACGUCUGUAAUGCUGAUAGUGAGCAAGAGACAUCCAGGAAUCUCUGGAUUCGGAGUUUGGCUAAAACAAUUCCUCACACUUCAGUAAGACAAUGAUAUUUGAGAAGCCAAGUAAUUAACUCUCACAUCAGAAUGAAAGGUCACAAAAGGUUUAAUCAGAAAUAAAGUCUACUUUAGUUGAUGGAA